AUGGCAAGUGGUGAGAGCAUAUGGAAAGUGCUCGUCUUUGUGGUCAUUGUGACUUAUGUUUGUUAUAUAACCGAAAUUUCGAACUUCUAUCCAGACUGGAAUUUCGCCACCAAUUUAAGGCCUAGCUUUAUAGACAAAAUUGCUUCUGUUGUGAGAGCAGAAGAUUCACGAGAGGAAAUAGAAAUGACAGCAGCCUCAGGAGAAUUAUCAAACAAGGAACGUCUUGAGCUGAUAUACAAGGAAUUGCCAGAAGGAAGGGAAAAGAGUAAAAGGUACUUUUCUCUUCCCUUAACGACAACUUGGUCUGGUGGCGGAGUGGGAAAUCAACUUUUCGAGGUUUUCGCUCUGCUCGGAUUGUCAAAUUCGUCGCACCGAACCCCACUCGUGUUCCAAAAGAAUGGCAGUGUUCUUGGGAAAAUGCUGGCCCGAAUAAGACUGCAUUUCCCGGCGUUAAUCGAGCAAAUCACGCUCGUUUCGAAUCCGGCAAUAUUGGAAAACACGACAGAUGUUGCCUUACAUCGAAAGGGUUGCUGUCGUUACUGGCCAAUAGAUGAACUCCUCGAGAAAAAUACCUCAGCCGUCGUUAGCGGACGGGGGAUUUAUUUUCAGAGCCAUCUCUACUGGAUUCACAUCAGACCGUCUCUGCUCAAAUGGAUGACACCGUCCGAAUUCGCCGCCAAUGAAACAAAAUAUGCAUUCAGAGAGCGAGAUUUGGUCGAGGGACAAGUGUUAUGUGUUCAUGCUCGUCGCGGAAAUUUCCUUCAUACACGACAGGCAGCCUCAGAAGCAAAUUUCACCCAAUCAGCCACGAAAUAUAUAAUAAAAAAGUAUUUGAAAAAGAAACCCGGUCCGAUCACCGUUCUUCUCUUCUCGAAUGAUCUCUCAUGGAUGCGCGAGACAUACUCAGAAAUUUAUCGAAAUAAAAAUGACAACGAAUCCUUUGUACAAGUCGGCAACGUUCUUUACAUUUUGGUCGAUAAUCUUUCUGCUUUCAACACUUUGAUCGUGGCCAAAGAUUAUUGCGACAAUUUUCUGAUUACCGCUGCUGCUUCAACGUACGCCUAUAUGAUGUCUUUUCUCGCAAAAAACGGUCGUGCAAAAGUUUUCUAUGCUGAGCACUUUGCAACGCCAUAUAACACUCUUCCCAGGCACUUCAAUCCAAAGGAAUUCCAUUUGCCGCACUGGAUUCCAUUACGUUUGCUCGACAAUUUGGACAUCACGCAAAUAUCCAGAGAUGAGAUACAGCCCUGGGCGACGACGAGCCGUCCAACGACGAAAAAAGCCAACGGA